CUUGCUUAUUCAUUCCACAGAUCGGUCGGUGGACAUGGACAACGAGAGCGACGACGACGACGACUCGUAUUCGUCUGACCAGGAGAACAGCGACAGCGGUGAGAACAUGGUGGGAGGCCAGGUGAGAUCCCAGCUGCAUGCCCACCAGCUCCCCUGGAACGAUCUUCUUGGUGAAGGUGAAGAAGAGCAUGAACCAGGGAGGAAAGGAAACAAGAUUCACAAUGCUACGAGGCAAAGAAACUUCAAGCAGAAGUUCAUCGCCCUGCUGAGAAAGUUCAAGGUCGCCAGUGACGAGAGUGACACGGAACCGUAUCCCUUCGAGGACCAGGACCAGACCCCGAUCGAUGAGGACUUCCUCUACGACGAUCUGAGCCUCAUCAACUACAGCGACAGUGGUCCUGACAUGGACCCGGACGAGAUGAGCAUCGAGUCUACGCCAAAACCUGUCCUGAGACCUUUCUUCUCGCAAGGCAUCCCUACAUCAAGCUCCAUGGCUGAAGACAUGGAGCAUGUCGGUCAGUCUGAGGCCACGCCGGACAACAACCAAGACACGGUCAAGCACACGCAGGAUUACUUCACCAAGGAUGCAAGCAUGGAAGAGCUGACCAUCCCCGAUGACGAGGACAACACCCACCGCUUAGGCGACCAUCGGAGACAGGGUAGCAACGGCAGCUCCCACAGCACCACCGACGCCAACAAAAACCCCGUCCCCUCGGCCAAUGGAGACCGUACCAUACCCCUGGUGGGACCCCAAGCGGGGGCAGCAGGGGUCAGGGAGGUGGGGUACAAGAGGAGUAGCAGUGCGGGGAGAGAGAUGAGGGUACCGAUAGGAGGAGGAGGAGUUGGAGGAAGAGAUGGGGAGCACCGGAGGAACAAGUCUGCCGAGAGGUCAAACAGUCUUGGGACGGGAGAUAAGAGGAAACCUAAAUUGCCAAUCACUGAACAGCUCUCAGAGUUAUGGCUCACAGACGAAACAACUCCGGAGAAGAUACUUCUUGUCAACAUCUCAGAAAAGCACGGACAGUUCAUUGCCCAGUGCUUACAAGGAACGAGGAUAAGCAUCGUUAAAACGGGUACAGCAGCAGACGUGGAAGCUACUAUCCAGUUCAUUGUACACAAAAUACAAAAAUUCUGCAAUCAGAAUGCCAGAGUCUUGUCACCCAUCAAGAUCGGCGUCUGCGGGAGUGAUAGCUACAUUGGCUCCGUCCUCAAGCCCUACGUUGAGCAGUUCUCAGCCAAAUCAUCAGAAUGGCUCAACUAUGUCAAAUUCUACAUUGUCCCAACAGGUAACAACUCUGUGGCCAAAUAUCUGAGUUCAGUCGAUACGAGAUACAACUCAUUAUUCCAAGACUCCUUCUGGAAGGAAGUCUGGGAAAAAUCAGAGAAAGAGGCUGCAGGUGAUAAGAGAGAGAUAGCGAAUCGUGUGGAGAAAUAUCUGUCUGGUGCUACCACGAGUCUUGGCUUGCCGAUCGGAGAGGUGAUGCUCACAUGCAAAUUAAGGGGAUCUGAUGAUGAAUCUUGCCAGAAAUUUGUUCCAUUCAUUAGUAAUGUUUUAAUUGGUCCUCCAAGUUCAGCAUUAGGAGCAGUGGCCAUAGCAGAGAGUGAUGAAUCUGCAUCGGGUUAUAGCCUGCUGUCCUCCAGUCCACCAUCGUCUGCCAAGGAGAGGGUGGACGGGAGCACCCCACCCCCUAGCCCCGCUGUCAGUACUACCACCGUCCCACAGAGCAGCAGCAGCAGCAGCUCUGUCACCCCGACCAGUCCUCCCACGCCCAGUGGCCCCAGCGAGCUCCUGGACCUCCAGGUGGAGUACUGGCCCAUGUCAGGGAGCAAGAAGGACAAGUCGUCCCUCAAGAGCGCGUUCCGCUCCCUCACAGUCUACCGUCUACCGUCCAGCAGCGAGGCACCCGCGGCGACCGCUGCCCUCUCCAUGGUUGUCGUUACGAGGGAGAAGAACAAGAAAACAGUGAUGAGGAUAGGGAAGAGAACUCCAGUCCCUGAGCUUAAGAGUCAAACGGUAGAUGGUAUCUACAGACUGGUGUGUACGUCAAGAACACAGGACUACUCACUUACAGUAACCAUCGAUGGCAACGAGUUAUCCAGGGUGAAGUUUUUCCAGUUGUCGGCGCAAUGGCAGACGCAUGUGAAGCUGUUUCCCGUCGCUCUCUUCGGCCAUGUUGAAGCACCUUGCUAGGUAGAGGGCGCCAGACGACGUACAGCCGCAGGAUGGCUGGCUGGAGGAGGACAAUCAAUGCAUGCUGCUCUGCAGGUCACAUGUCUAACGGAUGCUGUGCACUUUGGCAAUCAGGAUAGCUAUUUAUUGUGAAGACCAUCAGGUUGAGGAAUUAACAAAAUCGUUUUACCGUUUUGAUGAUAGAGAAUUUUUAUGAGGAUUAAUUAUCGCUCUCUUUAGGGUGUCAGUGAGGUUGCUAUAGCUACGCAAGCUUUGAGACAAGUUAAGAUUGUGGUGAUGGAAUGGUAAUUUAAAUUAUCUGUUUCUUGGGAGACUGCUUAGCUUCAUGCCAUGUCAAUCAUUACAUCUCAGUCUUACCUCAAGAUAUUUGCCCGAAUGCCAGCAGAUUGCUUUUUUGAGAAGUAUUGAGAUAUGUAAAAGAACGGAUUAUACUUAAUACUGUGGUUAAUAGAAUGUUCUGUGUAAUCUUUAGAGAGUUAUGUUUUACAAUUGAUCUUUUGAAAUGAUAUGUUUGAUAACAAAUAAAAUGGCUCACAGUCAUAUUCUAGGACAGGUGACAGAAUGGGCGGUUAGCAGUUUGGUAGCUUCUUCAGUGGCUUCUUCAGAUCUUCCUGUAGCAUAGGUUUACGGAAAGUCCAUUGGAUAUCCCGUUUAUCAGAUGCUGCAAUGUGGAAUAUAAUCAAGACAGCUACUUGAUCUAGAGGGAAGUGGUAUGUUACAUGUUUCGAGCCACCAGUUGUCCCAACAAGUUGUUUGCUACCACAUAAACUGCUGCCAACACUCACCAAGUUCAGACAACCUUGCCGAUCCUGUCCUACAACAUCAGUAUUAUGUUUCCAUCAAUCCUCUUACUCCUAGUUGAGGAGGAAGAAUUGCAAUCACUUUUUUUGUUGUAAUUUUCUUCAUUUUUGAUUAGCAGAGAUGUUUGUUACCGGUACUUUCUUUUAUAAGAGGUGCAUAUAUUAAUUGAUCUGUUUGAACUUUGGUGCUAAGCUUGGCUCAUUUUGACGUACUGUGUUUCAACAUUGAGCCCUUUUAUGACAGCUGGUUAAAGAACAGGUUUCUAUCUUGACAUUGAGAGGGAUGUGCAUCGGCGUUGUCUGUGGCAUGAUACUGUAUGAAACUAACUUUUAAAGGGCCAUUUUAAGUGCUCAAAAAUGUUGCCAGCAUCAUUGUACUGAUUAAAAAGUUUUUGUAUUUUGUAUUAUGCUUGUUGAAAUUUGUUCAAGAUGCAUGCAUUGUGUGUUUUUGCUUUGAGGAAAAGGGAAUUUUUUCUUCCUUUGCUAAUGGAUGUUCAAGGUUGAAAGUUCGAAGUUCAUAUGUGCAGUCGAAGAUAAAGAGGCUGGAUGGACAACAGACUGAGAUUAAUUUGAUGUAAAUAAGUCUUAUGAUAGCUGUCUUUAGAAUGUGUAUGUGUGAAAUUACCCUUUUUUUCCCUAUUUUCUUUCCUUAACAAUAGUAAUGCUUUUAAAGCCAAUCGACUGUUGAACAGUCUUCCUAAUAUAAAAAAUAAUUUGGUUCCCUCUGCUUCAUUUCUCUUUUUCCUACAUAGCUUUGGUGAAUCAUAACAUGAAGAAAGUAUUUGGUUUCGGUUGAGAAUCAGAGAAAUGUUGAUCACAGGAGCAGUGCCCAGUAAAACCCUUGCUAUCUGUUAUAUCAGUGUGAUGUUACAAAAACACCUGGAGUGCGGUAUAACACACACAAAUUCUUUUGUUUGCAACCAACUAUAAAAUGACAAUCAAAUACUGAUCACAAACGAUGAUUGUGAUGCACUUGCUUCUGUAUAUUUAUUAGUGCAUGUACAUACCUCGUGAAAAAUGAAAUUAUUAAAUGUCUUUGCCAUAUUGUAAAUGGGGCAUUAGGUUCUCUCAGAAUGCAGCUUUUUGUCAAAGAUGAAUCUCUAAAUUGGCAACUAAGGCAAUCGAGUUGAUUUUUUAAUGCAUUUUUCUGUCCAAGAUGUCUUGUUCGUUACGAUCAACUUUCCAAACUCCUUUCCCUUUCUGUGAAAUCUAUCAUCUGGUAUGAAGCUUUAGCAACGAGAGGAGCGUUGAUUUCCAUGGCUGCCGAAGGCCUUCAUUUGUGCAAUAUAUGAUGAUGAAUUUUGACCCCAAAUACUGAAGAAAUAAUUUGUAGAAUUGUGUCCCCAUUGCUGCAGCUUGAAUUGUGUCAUGUCUUGUUUUUUUAAUUGAUUGCAGUUUGUCAAUCAGCUUGCUAAUUUUAAAAAUGUUAUUUCUGGAAUUUCUGUGAAAUGCAUGAACUUUUAGAACAAGAGUGCACCAUUUCGCCCUUUCACUAGUUGAAAAGCCAAAGGUUAAUGCGUGAAUUUAACAGUAAUGAUUCAAAAUAAUAUAAAAUGUUAAUGCUACUUAUGCUAUUUCUGGAAUGUGUGAAUGAAUUACAUGUAAUGAUAGUAGACGUCUUUUCUUCUCCAUGUCAAUUUAUGAAGUCCAAAUUGUGGGCAUCCAUAGCACUAAGGAAGAACAGUAGAAAUUCAUUAAAUAUAGGGUUAUUUCUUGGACGGUGUUAGUAACUUAUACAUGCUUUUAAAAGAACAUUUCAGAUCAUUAAUAUGCAAAAAAGGGCUGCAGAUUCUAAUGCCAAAGUUUGAAAGAAUAACAAUGAAAAACAAUGAGAAAAAUACAUUUGAGUUCAUCAUGCCUCGAUUUUAUGAAUGAAGUACACAUAGGUUAAGAACAUUUCAUCUGCUAUUUUGACAUCUCAAUCAAAUUCCUCAGUCAGUCCGACAAUUAGACUUCAAAGCAACUUCAAACUAUCUGAUUCUUGGCCUUCCGAGGAAUUUUUAUUUCAUCUUGAGUCUGUCUUUUGUCGGUCUGACCCAUGUUUAGAGUUUAAAAAACCCACCCCUCAUUCCCACUGCUAUUAUCCAGAUCCCAUACCGUCUGCAAACCGAACCAAUUCUUGGCCAGUUGGGUAACAUAAAUUUUUGUUCGGGCUGUUGUCGGUGUGGCAUCGGUGUGGCGUCGGUGUGUCCGGGAUACAUGAACACGCUAAAUGUAUUCAAUAAAAACAGAUUCCAGGCACAAAAGAAAACGGCGGUAUUUGAAAAAAUAGGGUAAGUUCUUCUCUAAACGAAUGAAGAGCUUUUUUUGUUUCAUCAGGGGCCAAGAAUUGAAGAUUAUACCCACAUUGUUUGAUAAAGCAGUUUUAAAUAUUACAAAAGCAAAAAAAAUAUCUAUAUUUUGAAUCAAAUCAACAUAUGUAAGCAUCAAUCUUUUUGUAUUUAUCUCAAACUUUAAAGACGAUUCUAUUUUGUUCCUGAUAUAUUGGGAUCUAUUUAGGCCUUUGAAGGUUCCUUUCUAAUAACUAAAUUUAAUUCUAAUCUAUCAAGCAAAAUGGGGGAAAAGAGACAUUAUGCCUUUGCAGAGUAAAAUAUAUAUUCCCUUGCACAUUAACAAUCCUAUGCAUAACAUUUACCAAGCAAACUCUAGAAUGUACUUGUAUUUCGUCCAUUUAUGUUCAAUAGACAGCAACAGUAUUCAUAUAGCUUUGGAAUGCAUAGAAACAUUUGCCCAGGCUGUUGGCACUGAUUUCCGUCUAAUCCCUAUUUCUGGAAACGUGGGCUUAUGAGGCUGAUAAGGAAAGCGCGACAAUCAUCUCAUGAUUUGUUGUUGUUAUUGUUUUGUAUGAGUUAAAUUAUGUACAGUAAACAAAGUGUGCUUCAUGAAUUUGUGUUUUAUGAGCUAUCCCAUAAUAAGGUUUGUUCACAUAUGGCAAAGAAACAUCGUGAUUGGUACUGUCUGCAUUGCCCAUUCAAAGUACACACAGAAUCGGUGUUUGUACGUGCUAGCGCUAUGUGUUGUAAAGAGAAAAUGGCAAUGAUGAAAGUGGUAUACUCCCAUGGGAAAUUGCGUGAUAUGUGAAUGCACCCUUACAGAUUUCGCCAGAAUAUUUCCUUUCCUGACAAUCUCUAUGAAAAUGACAAUAAACAGAAAAAGAAUCUCAACACUGCUUGUGAUUAUAAACCCCUACAAUGGCAUGUAGUGGGAGUUCUCCAACAGAUAAUAGAUCCAAGGAUGCAGUUAAUUGGUGCUAUGAUUUCUCAAAUGCUUGUUGAUGCAUAUAUAUAUAUCUUUAUAUAAGAAUGUGUGUCGAAGUGGUUAACCAUUUCCCAGAGAAGUACAAUUCAAAAUGGCUUUUCUUCUCUCUAACCUCAUCAAAUCUCAUUGAUUGCCAUGAAAAUCAUGAACUCGACAACUCAUGGAGCAAGGUCUAUUUUUAUUGCUUUUAAAUUUUGGUCGGUUUUUGUUGUCAACAUAGACUAUUUAGCUCUUCCUAUUUAAGUCAUUAAUGAUAUCUGUUUGUUGCACUGUUUUUUAUUGUGUUAAACCAAUAUAAAGAUUGUUUAUCAUUUUGAAUGCUAUGCAAUUUGAUUUGUACCCAUUUUUUAAUGCAUACAAUGCUUAGUAUUUAUUUAUUUUUUGGUUAAAUUACGACAUGCUCUUUUUUAAACUUUGCAUUUAAACAUGUGUUUGAGAUGCAUCAGUGCAUAUAUUGAGCCACUUGGUUUUAUGAUGCUCAUUUAAUUGAUCAGUAUCUUGGAGAAGGAGAUGUAAAAUGUUUGUAAAUAAUCAAUUCUGCUGAAAAGUAUAAUCCUUGUAGGUAUGUAUAUUCUAUUGUCUUUACAUUUUGAUCAAAAAAGCAUUUUAAGAAAGUAAUAUGAUGUUGUGCUUGUAAGAUUGAAUAGAGUUUUUGCAUAUAUCAAUGCAGCAUGUCUAUUAAGGAUGUCACUGUACAUAUUCCUGUGCAUCAUGCAAGUAUAAGUGAUAGUAUAUAUUAAUGAUCAAAGUGUAAAUAGCAAACAUAUAUAUUUUUUUCGUUAUUGUUAUUUAUCAUCAUUUUGAUAUAUAUGUUGAAAGUGGCUGAUGUUUUGUAUUUUCGCCAUCCAUGACUGUUAUGUUAAUUGUCCUCCUAUAAUAUGUUCAGAUUUGUAUUGAUCAGAUUAACAGUAAUUCGAAUUUGAAAGUUCUUGAUAAGCUGGACUUCCAACGGUAAAAAAGAUGAGUUCUAUUUUGUAGCUUUAAUAAAUAACAGGAGAGAGUUGUGAAAUCAGUUGGGAAUGUUUGUCGGUGAUAGUGCAUACAAUGUAUCAGAGCUUGUGGAUUACUUUAAAUAUACUAAUAAUCAUAAUAAUAUUCUGUUCUUUUUCGUAGUUCAUAACCCCUUUGCAAUGGAAGGAACCAUAAAGCCCAUAUUAAAAAAAAUGUAAACAAAGAAAAGGCCCCCCAAAGCAGGAAUGAAAGCAAACAUAAUGAUCCAAAUGGAAGCAAUGGAAUUAAACCUGAGUCUCAUAUCAACAAUAAAAGCAAACAUAGACCCAUAUCUAGAUCAUUAAAGCAAACAUGAGACUUCAAUAACAGCUAUAAAAAUCAAACAUAAGGCCCCCAUAGUAGCAAUGAAAGCAAACAUGAAGCCCCCAUAUUAGCAGUGGAACAAACAUGAGGCAACAAGAUAUUGGAGCAAACCUACGACCCUUGUAGGAGGAACAGUAGCAAACCAUGAAUCCCUCAUAAAGAGCAUUGAAAAUUAGCUUUAAAGAAUCCCCCACCACAAGCUCAAUACAAGUAUGCACUGUAUGCACUGGUUAUCAGUCAACUCUCCUUGUCAAAAAGUGACCAAGAGAUUUUGUCUUCCCACAUUGUUCUAUAGCUUGCCAUGUAUAUAUCUGUUAGGUAUUAUUUCUUUCUUUCUCUCUCCACCUCUCUUUGUGUAUCAAUUUUUCCAAGAGGACCAACUCGGAUCAUUUAACCCUGUGGAAAAUGAUAGCCAACAAUUUGGAACUCCUUUAAAUAGUAAAUCACAUUUUCAUAACAGGGGUACUUUGAUCUUGAUGUCUUUGUGAGUCGAGCCAAUUUGAAGUGGACAUGUGAAGACUUCACAUGGUUGUAGGGAUUGAUUUUUCUCCAAAUACUGUUCAAAUUACCUAUCAACAUCCAUGUAACGGAAAAAGAUUAUAAUUAUUUCAUACAUUUUUUUCAUUUGGGUGAAAAGAGCUGUGUCAAAGUUUUAAAAUCUAUUUCUCUUUUUAUCCUAACAACUCAGCUUGUUAUAUUACAUCAUCAGAAAGCCAUUUCAUUGUUUAUACAUUUUAUGCCAAUAUUCAUCAAACUUGUCAAUUUCAAUUUUCAAUCUCAAUUGAUUUCUAUUAUGAGAAUUAUGCUGGCUUUAUGUAUGUUUUGUAUCAUGUAUUCUAUCGUGUGUCGAUAUUUCUAUUUGGAAAUGGUCAUGUUAUUUUAAAAUUGAAUCAUUCAUAUUAAGCUCCUACAUGGUGAAACUGAGCAACUCAAGGGGCCUGUUCGUGAAUGUGUCAUAGGAUUUUUUUGUUCCUUUUGUUUUUUUUAAUGCUUGAGUAGGGGGAACUUUCUUAUGUUAUUAUGAUGCUGGCCAUCAAAUUUAUACCGUAUUUAUGUUCCCCCACCCGCUUCAAAGGUGCUGGGAAGCAUUGCCCCGAGCAUGUAUUUGUAAGUUCCCCCCCCCCCCCAUGCCAUUCUGCUGAACCAAUUGACUAAACUUUGCAAAAAGAUUAUUUUGUAUGAUUACAUUGUAUACAGGCCAUCAGUAGGAAACCCUCAGAAGUCGUAAAGAUUGGAAGAAAGGAUAAAAUACCUUCAUAAUGUUUUGUGUCCAAUGAAGAUCUGAGGAUGGACUUUGUAAUAAGUGUGACAUUCUUGUUUAAUUGUAGGAAAGCUUUAAUUUUCUUUUCAAGAAUAAUGCAGGAUUACAAUCUUCCUCUAUAUCUGUCUACUCAAGGUUUACAAUGAUAUACACAGCAUACUGGUAUAGAUUUAAUACUACCGAUUCUCUCCAGUAUACAUACAAUUGCCCAUUGUAGCAUUUUCAUACUGCCACAGUCUUAUAAUGGGAAACAGAUUUGUAAUAUAAAUUUUUUCACUAUCAAUAUUUUUAACAUUCAGAAAGAGAAUCCUUAAAUUAAUGGGUAUGACAAUUUUGAUAGGUGUCCUUAGGUUGAUCAACAAAUUCACAGUACCCACUCCAUGAGAUUAACAUAAACUUAUGAUAUCAAGAAUUCCUUUUUUAUGUCUCUUAGAGGCUGAUUACAAAGGACAGGCUUGUGUGGAAAAAGGAAAGGAAUGGAUUUAAUCCACCAAACAAUUUUGGCUUGAAAGCCUGGAAUGCACUCAUUACUACUCGACUCCAGCAUGCAGUUGAAUUGUGCUCAUGCACGUAAUAGUUUCUCCUUCACAUUAAGAAUGUUGUAAAAUAUUGUAUUCUAUUAUCUGGAGAAUAAAAAUAAAGAGUCUUGUUAAUAUUUUCUUUAUAGAAUGUCUACUCAUAUCAACUGUACCAAGGGCAUAAUUUAAAGAGGCUUUUUAAAAAAAUAAGAGGGGCGUAUAAGGCAUGGGAAUUAGCUCCUUGGUUAUCUUUUUUUCCCCUUCCAUUUUUGAAGUCUGAAUAUUAGUUUUGUUUCUAUUGAGAUUCCUUCCACUAUUCCAAUAAUCAUUAACCAAUAAUUGUUAGUUAUUCCUUGUUCUGUACACUUCAAUCUAUACAAAGAGAAUCUAUAAAUGCUCAACUAUGAACAUUUUUUAAUUGAAUCACUUUUUAAAUUGUUUUAUUCAAAUGUUGAUAUACCGUAACAACUUUUUCACAAUUUGCCAAUGGUAUGGUGCUAGAUCAGACUUUUUGAGGGUGAUGUUUUAAAACUCCACCCAUACUGAUCUGUCAAAGAGAAAAACGUUAUGUCAAUUUUUCGUCAUUCAUCUUAAAUGAAUUUGUAUCUAAAUGUGUGAAUUUUCAUUAGGAUAUGAUAAAAUUGGAUGUUUAAAUUCAGGAAAAGAGAUCAGAAAAUGUUAUUCAAAUUUUAUGGGCAACGAUGUAGUUGUGCAUGUGUCACAACUAUCUCUCAACUACUGGCUAUGGUAACACAGAGCUAUGCCCUCAUUUUAUUCAGUAGACGGUAAAUUAUGUUAAUGACAAAAGGAUUUAUUCCUAUUCACAGUAAAUAAUAAAGGUUAUGAGUCACUUAUCUUAUGGAGCAUAAGAUUCUGUUAAUAUUGGAAAGUGAGGCUGAUUGUACGUUACUGAAGUUGGCCAAAAAUUUGUUUUAAAAGAGGCGAAUCAUAGAGUGUUAUUCAGCUACUAACAUCCAGUGCUUAUGGUUUGAAUUAUUCAUCAUAAUUGCAUUAUAAUAAAGUGAAAAAUAAAUGAAUAUGAAAUUGCAA